CAUUUUAAUUGAAGCGUUGUUGGGCGCUCUGCAACGCGCAUUAUGUAUUAGAAAAUUACUACUUAUAACAACGCAAAAUAAUUAAUUCACAAAUAAAGUAUACCAUACGUAAGGUCGAUGAAAUUAUGUAUAAAAAAUAAAUGAUAUAAACUUCAUUUACUCUAUAAAUCCAAACGAAAAGUAGAACAGUAAUUUAUAUACAAUUUCCAACAUGUAUGACACGGAGGAUGAUCAGUAUGAAGAGGAAGAAGUCGAAGAAAUCUCUUCUGAGCUCUGGCAAGAAGCCUGUUGGAUAGUAAUCAACGCUUAUUUUGAUGAAAAAGGCUUGGUUAGGCAGCAGCUAGAUAGUUUUGACGAGUUUAUUCAAAUGUCCGUUCAGCGCAUAGUUGAAGAUUCACCUCCUAUAGAACUUCAAGCUGAAGCUCAACAUUCAUCUGGUGAAAUUGAAACUCCUCCAAAAUAUCAUUUAAAGUUUGACCAAAUUUAUCUUUCUAAGCCAACUCAUUGGGAAAAAGAUGGUGCCCCGUCUCCUAUGAUGCCUAAUGAAGCGCGGUUACGAAAUUUAACUUACUCUGCUCCUUUAUAUGUCGAUAUUACAAAAACGAUUGUUAAAGAAAAUGAAGAUCCAAUUGAAACUCAACAUCAAAAAACAUUUAUUGGCAAAAUUCCUAUCAUGCUAAGGUCAACAUACUGUUUGUUAAGCAAUUUGACGGAUCGUGAUUUAACCGAAUUAAACGAAUGUCCAUUAGAUCCUGGUGGCUAUUUUAUAAUCAAUGGCUCUGAGAAAGUUUUAAUUGCUCAAGAGAAAAUGGCCACCAAUACUGUAUAUGUGUUUAGUAUGCAAGGUGGCAAAUAUGCAUAUAAAACUGAGAUUCGUUCAUGUCUUGAACAUAGUUCUCGACCAACGUCGACUCUGUGGGUCAAUAUGAUGGCAAGAGGGGGACAAAGUAUUAAAAAGUCAGCUAUUGGACAAAGAAUUGUUGCAAUUGUACCAUACAUUAAACAAGAAAUACCAAUUAUGAUUGUGUUUAGAGCUCUCGGUUUUGUUGCUGAUAGAGAUAUUUUGGAGCAUAUAAUUUAUGAUUUUGAUGAUCCAGAAAUGAUGGAAAUGGUAAAGCCUUCAUUAGAUGAGGCUUUUGUUAUACAAGAACAAAAUGUUGCCUUGAGCUUUAUUGGUGCUAGAGGUGCUCGACCGGGAGUCACUAAAGAAAGGCGUAUUAAAUAUGCAAGAGAAAUUUUGCAAAAAGAAAUGUUACCGCAUGUUGGAGUUUCAGAUUUCUGUGAAACUAAAAAAGCUUAUUUCUUAGGGUAUAUGGUCCACAGACUAUUGUUAGCUGCCUUAGGUCGCCGUGAACUUGAUGACAGAGAUCAUUAUGGAAAUAAAAGACUUGACUUGGCUGGACCGCUAUUAGCUUUUCUGUUCAGAGGACUGUUUAAAAAUUUAUUAAAGGAAGUAAGAAUGUAUGCACAGAAAUUUAUUGACAAAGGGAAAGAUUUCAAUUUGGAAUUAGCUAUUAAAACAAAAAUAAUAACCGAUGGCCUAAGAUAUUCCUUGGCCACGGGUAAUUGGGGUGAUCAAAAGAAGGCUCAUCAAGCAAGAGCUGGGGUGUCUCAAGUGUUAAACAGAUUAACAUUUGCUUCAACCUUAUCACAUUUGCGCCGUGUAAAUUCACCUAUAGGCCGUGAUGGUAAAUUAGCAAAGCCUCGUCAAUUACAUAAUACUUUAUGGGGCAUGAUUUGUCCUGCAGAAACACCUGAAGGAGCUGCUGUAGGUUUGGUGAAAAAUCUGGCUUUGAUGGCCUACAUUUCAGUUGGAAGUCAGCCAUCUCCAAUAUUAGAGUUCUUGGAAGAGUGGUCUAUGGAGAAUUUGGAAGAAAUAGCACCAUCAGCCAUAGCAGAUGCAACAAAAAUAUUUGUAAAUGGUUGUUGGGUAGGAAUUCACAGAGAUCCUGAACAACUCAUGGCAACACUACGUAAGCUAAGACGUCAAAUGGAUAUUAUAGUCUCAGAAGUCAGUAUGAUUCGGGAUAUACGAGACAGAGAAAUAAGAAUUUACACAGAUGCUGGUAGAAUUUGUCGACCACUUUUGAUUGUGGAAAAUGGAGCAUUGCUACUCAAGAAGAAACAUAUUGAUCAACUCAAGGAAAGAGAUUACAAUAAUUAUGGAUGGCAAAAUUUGGUUGCAAGUGGUGUUGUAGAGUAUAUUGAUACUUUGGAAGAAGAAACUGUGAUGAUCGCUAUGAGCCCUGAUGACCUGGCACAAGUCAAGGAGUAUGCAUAUUGUACAACAUAUACCCACUGUGAAAUUCAUCCAGCUAUGAUUCUAGGUGUUUGUGCCUCUAUUAUUCCAUUUCCCGAUCAUAAUCAAAGUCCUAGAAAUACCUAUCAAAGUGCUAUGGGUAAGCAAGCUAUGGGAGUAUACAUUACAAACUUCCAUGUCAGAAUGGACACACUUGCUCAUGUACUUUAUUACCCACACAAACCUUUAGUUACAACAAGAUCAAUGGAAUAUUUGCGUUUUAGAGAAUUACCCGCUGGAAUCAACUCAAUAGUUGCUAUUUUAUGUUAUACUGGUUAUAAUCAAGAGGACAGUGUUAUCUUAAACGCUUCAGCUGUUGAAAGAGGCUUCUUCAGAUCUGUUUUCUAUCGUUCCUACAAAGAUUCAGAAUCUAAAAGAAUUGGCGAUCAAGAAGAACAAUUUGAAAAACCAACAAGACAAACUUGUCAGGGCAUGAGAAAUGCUCUUUAUGACAAAUUAGAUGAUGAUGGUAUUAUUGCCCCUGGUAUAAGAGUAUCUGGAGAUGAUGUUGUUAUUGGCAAAACAAUAACACUGCCAGAGAAUGACGAUGAACUGGAGGGUACAACUAAACGCUACAGCAAACGAGAUGCUUCGACAUUUUUGCGUAAUAGUGAAACUGGUAUUGUUGAUCAAGUUAUGCUAACAUUAAACAGCGAAGGUUAUAAGUUUUGUAAAAUUCGUGUACGAUCAGUACGUAUACCGCAAAUAGGCGACAAAUUCGCGUCCCGUCACGGGCAAAAGGGAACUUGUGGAAUUCAGUAUAGACAAGAAGAUAUGCCAUUCACUUGUGAGGGUCUUACUCCCGACAUCAUAAUUAAUCCUCACGCUAUUCCAUCCCGUAUGACAAUUGGUCACUUGAUUGAAUGUAUUCAAGGGAAAGUAUCGUCAAACAAAGGAGAAAUUGGCGAUGCUACACCAUUUAACGAUGCCGUAAAUGUACAAAAAAUUUCAUCCUUACUGCAGGAAUAUGGAUAUCAUUUACGUGGAAAUGAAGUUAUGUAUAACGGUCACACAGGUCGAAAAAUUAAUGCUCAAGUAUUCUUGGGGCCUACUUAUUAUCAACGUCUCAAACAUAUGGUUGACGACAAAAUUCAUUCGAGAGCAAGAGGACCAGUACAAAUUUUAGUAAGACAACCUAUGGAAGGAAGAGCUCGUGAUGGAGGGUUGCGUUUUGGAGAAAUGGAACGCGACUGUCAGAUUGCGCAUGGUGCUGCGCAAUUCUUGAGGGAGCGUCUUUUUGAAGUGUCCGACCCAUAUCGCAUACACGUUUGCAAUUUCUGCGGUCUUAUAGCAAUAGCAAAUUUACGAAACAAUACCUUUGAAUGUAAAGGAUGUAAAAACAAAACCCAGAUAUCCCAGGUUCGAUUACCAUAUGCUGCUAAAUUGUUAUUCCAAGAACUAAUGUCUAUGAAUAUUGCCCCUAGACUUAUGGUUGUUAGUUAAGUAUAACGAUAUUAUUGAAAAUAUUAAUGUUUUUUUUUCAUAUUAGCAUAGGAUAUAUUUUUCAAAAUAAAUAAAUUCAAAUGAAUA